AUGCCGUCGGACCGACCCCCUAAUACCCUCAGGUCUCUCAUUAAGGCGGCUACCGCUGUUCACAGGUUUUGGCCGAGCAGAUGCAACGGGUUCAAGAUUGCUGAGCGCGCUAGCCUAGUGUGCAAAUCUGGUCGCAGUGCCUCUAAGGCCUUCCGCCUACAGCACUGGACCUCUCUGUUGCGCCAUCUCGUGGUGCGUCCGGUGGGCUGCGGCGCUGGUCAUAGGAAACACCACAUUCACAAAGCGGCGGCGGCCCGGAAACGGCUCCUCUGCGGGAAGAGGAGGGCUAGCAGGGGGACAGUCCAAUGCAAGAUAAUGGUCCGCAAAAGAUUCGUGUGUCGACCUAGAUUAUCACGACACUCCGUCCGCUGAGCGACAUGACAAACUUGACGUUUCGGCAUCUUAGCGCCCACGUUUGCUUUUGCAAUUGAUGAUAAAGUCAACAUGACCAGGAACCUGGCUCAGGGGAUUAACUAAUAGUUAAGCCUUCCCAAAUUGGGAAAGUAAUAUUUCAGCAGCUGAGUGUCUUUGCAAGUUGCACGCGGAACCAUUUCUCCAUUUUUGCAGUAUCUAAACAGACAAAAGCUGCAAGUAAUACAAAAAGAUAACAACACUUUUUAUAAAAAAAAUCACAAACUGAGGAGGCUAGUGUCAAAUUCCAAAACUACAAACUGUCCAAAGCAUGUCAAUGAUCUACAUGGCAGGAGAGUGAUGAAAUAACUUCCUUUUUACCUGGAUAAACACAGCUCCAAGGACAAAACUAGGUAACAGCCUGUACAGUGCAUUCACAAACCUCCCCUAGAGGCAUAACGUGUAAACAGCCAAAGGCUUUCCCCAGGGUUGUGGCGUCCAAAACUACAGGUCUGGCUUUUAAGCUGAGAAGGGAAAGAAUUAAAAAUGACCUGGGGCAACUGUUUCACAUAGCUGAUGCUCAUGUAUGGCAUGAGGUUUCUACAAUUACAUUAAAAACGCUUCGGGCUGGGUAUAUGAAGAGGAAAGAUUUGCGGGCUAGGGGCCAAAUGCUAGCACAUUAGUGGUGGCGGGGGGAGAGAGAGAAGUAUCCUGGGGAGAUCCCGCUGGAAACUGCCGCCCCUUUCCAGAACCACCUUCUCCGGACUCGCUCCUUCCAGGACACACGCGCACUGUCGGCGACCCGCCUCGCUCUCAUUGGUCGCCGCUGCAGAACCUUCCACAACAUUCCGACCAUUACCUCACCGACCCGCUUCCUCAUUGGUCUGUACCACCGUCGAUCAUCCGCCUGCUGCCGCCCACACGCUCUACAUAAAGGGCCACAACUCAGCCGGAAUCGUCACAAUCACAGUCGCCAGGUUCGAUUGGACGCCACGUGCCAGCUCCAUCACUACGACAGGAGACAUUCCACGGCAGAGGAGAGGACUCAGUGAUACACACUCUCAUCAACAUGUCCCCUGCAGCUCAAGGAACAGCCAUUGGUAUUGACCUGGGUACCACCUACUCCUGUGUCGGGGUCUUCCAGCAUGGCAAGGUGGAGAUCAUCGCCAAUGACCAGGGCAACCGCACCACCCCCAGCUACGUGGCCUUCAAUGACACUGAGAGGCUCAUCGGAGAUGCUGCCAAGAACCAGGUAGCCCUGAACCCACAGAAUACCAUCUUUGAUGCCAAGAGGCUCAUCGGAAGGAGGUUUGAUGACCCAGUCGUGCAGUCUGAUAUGAAGCACUGGCCCUUCCGGGUGGUGAAUGAAGGAGGGAAGCCCAAGGUCAGGGUCGAGUACAAGGGUGACAGUAAAGCCUUUUACCCUGAGGAAAUCUCGUCCAUGGUGCUGACCAAAAUGAAGGAGACAGCAGAGGCUUACCUGGGACACCCUGUCAGUAAUGCUGUUAUCACAGUGCCUGCUUACUUCAAUGACUCGCAGCGCCAGGCAACCAAAGAUGCUGGUGUGAUCGCUGGCCUCAAUGUCCUCCGUGUUAUCAAUGAGCCAACAGCAGCUGCCAUUGCCUAUGGCCUGGACAAGAAGGGCAGAGGAGAACACAAUGUUCUCAUCUUUGACCUGGGGGGUGGCACCUUCGAUGUGUCUAUCCUCUCCAUUGACGAUGGUAUCUUUGAAGUGAAAUCGACAGCGGGCGACACCCACUUGGGAGGAGAGGACUUUGAUAACCGCAUGGUCAAUCACUUCAUUGAGGAGUUCAAGCGUAAAUACAAGAAGGACAUCAGUCAGAACAAGAGGGCGGUGAGGAGGCUGAGGACAGCCUGUGAAAGAGCCAAGAGAACCCUGUCUUCCAGCACACAAGCCAGCAUUGAGAUUGACUCCCUGUUUGAAGGCAUUGACUUCUACACCUCCAUCACCAGGGCUCGGUUUGAGGAGCUGAAUGCUGACCUUUUCAGGGGCACUCUGGAACCAGUGGAGAAAGCUCUGAGAGAUGCCAAGUUGGACAAGUCACAGAUCCAUGAUGUUGUCUUGGUUGGGGGCUCCACCCGUAUUCCCAAGAUCCAGAAACUGCUGCAAGAUUUCUUCAGUGGCAAGGAGCUGAACAAGAGCAUCAAUCCCGAUGAGGCCGUAGCCUAUGGGGCAGCUGUUCAAGCAGCUAUUCUGAUGGGGGACAAGUCCGAAAAUGUUCAGGACCUACUUCUCCUGGAUGUUGCUGCCCUGUCGUUGGGCCUUGAGACAGCAGGAGGUGUCAUGACUGCACUCAUCAAGCGCAACACCACCAUUCCCACUAAGCAGACCCAGAUCUUUACUACCUACUGUGAUAACCAGCCUGGUGUGCUUAUUCAGGUGUAUGAAGGAGAGCGACCCAUGACCAAGGACAACAAUCUCCUGGGGAAAUUUGAAUUGAGUGGCAUCGCUCCUGCCCCUCGUGGUGUGCCGCAGAUCGAGGUCACCUUUGAUAUCGAUGCCAAUGGCAUCUUGAAUGUCUCUGCCAUUGAUAAGAGCACUGGCAAAUCGAACAAGAUCACUAUCAGCAACGACAAGGGCAGGCUGAGUAAGGAGGAGAUUGAGAGGAUGGUGCAGGAUGCAGAAAAGUAUAAGAAUGAAGAUGAAGCCCAACGGCAGAGGAUCGCAGCCAAGAACUCUCUGGAGUCCUACGCCUUUAACAUGAAGAGCACAGUGGAGGAUGAGAAUGUCAAAAAUAAGAUCAGUGAGGGAGAUAGGAAAAAAGUAAUUGAGCAGUGUAACCAGGCCAUAUCCUGGGUGGAGAAGAAUCAGACAGCAGACAAGGAGGAGUUUGAGCACAAGCAGAAAGAGCUGGAAAACCUCUGUCGGCCAAUCAUUUCCAACCUGUACCAAGGAGGGGCAGGUGCAACAGGGGGAUCUUGCAGAACCCAGGCUGGAAAUGCCACUUCCACAGGACCAACUGUGGAGGAGGUGGAUUAAGAAACCACAGAGGACCCUCACUUUAAAGACUUGAGUUAAAUGUUACAUGGAUGUUUACACUGCUCAUGAUCUUCCUUGUGCUGUGUAUCGCAUUGACCAUUAUUCCACUUUUACCUCCUGAGACUUUGAUUUCUGCUGGAUGGAAGGACCUAUUAUUCAUGGCAGUGUAAUGCAGUUUGCUUCGCUUUUAAGUUGCAUUGCCACUAAGUUGUUUGAUUGUAUUUUGAUCCAUGCUGUUCGGAAUUUUUUUAAAAUGUAAUACUGUUGUUUGUAUGGUAUGAGAUAUUUUUGAAGUGAACUCCAAAACUCAAAUGCUUUCAGUAAACUUUUGGCUAAAA